GAAAAUACACAUGUCUGGACUUGAGAGAUAUUGAUCGUAUAACCCAUAAUAAUAAGUACAAAAACACAGUGCCAUCGAAUUAUAGCUGGCACACUUCACAACGUACUAUGCCUGGAUCAAGAAGAAAAGCAGCCUCCAGUCCAGGGGAUGCUGAACCCAGUACCAAGCGGGUGAAGACAGAAUCUGUGAUAGAUGGCGUCACUGUCCAGUGGGAGGUUGAGGACAGGAAGAACACAUGGAUGUCAUACCCUGCCAGUCAACAAGGAGAGAUUACUGAGGGGUUUAAUAAUAAGGAGACACAGGUGGCACUUGUUGAUGCAAAGGGUGAUGAAGUGACAGUGCUGUUUGAUAAAAUGAUGCAGAAAAGCAAAAAGACAGGAUGGGAGAAGAGGAUUCACUGUGCAGUACAGGAGAAAGAAGGGACAGAUUUCUACACAUGGCAAUGGAAAGAUGAUAAAAACCAGUGGAGUUUCUUUGGUGUUGACAUCAGUGUCAAGCUCGAAAAAUCAUUCCAUAGUCAGGACAACACUGUUUCAUUAACAAUAGCAAAUAAAUCAUAUACAGUGGAUAUAAAAAAGAUGGAACAGAAAAAUGAUGAUACAGGGUACUCCAGAAAGAUUGCAAGACAGAUUUCAGAUGCUACAGCAUUACCAGAACCACCACCAUCAGUCAAAGCAGCCAUUGUUGCAAAGCCUUCUGGGAAGAGGAAAACUGCAGAUAACACUGAGAAUAAUGUUGAUGAGACUGGGGAUGCAACGCCUGCUGGAAAAAAAGGAAGAUCGGGGCACAGUGCAGUUAAACAAGAGAAAGAAGCAGCAUCAGCAAAACCUUCCACGUCAAAGACGGUCCUGUUAAAAGGCAAGGCCCCGGUGGAUCCAGAGUGUGUCCAGAAAGCAGGCAAGGCUCAUGUGUACUACGAGGGCAAUGAUGUCUAUGACUGUAUGCUGAACCAGACAAACCUUUCAAACAACAACAACAAGUAUUAUCUGUGUCAGCUGCUGCAGGAUGAUGGGAAGAAGUCGUACAGUGUUUGGUUCCGCUGGGGUCGUGUGGGGAAGAAAGGACAGAACUCUCUCUUCCCGUGUGGACCAGACCUGGAGGAGGCAAAGAGCAUCUUCUGCACAAAAUUUCAUGACAAAACCAAAAACGAAUGGUCUAUGAGAGACAAAUUCCAGAAAGUCCCCGGAAAAUAUGACCUUAUCAAGAUGGACUAUAAUGCUUCUGAUGAGACUGACUCCGGUAAAAAGAAACUUGAGAAGCAAGAAAAAGUUCCUCCGUCCAAACUUGACCCCCGCGUCCAGAACCUGGUCAACUUGAUCUGUGACAUCAAGACGAUGGAGGAUGCUGUCCUGGAGAUGAAAUAUGAUGCACAGAAGGCACCUUUAGGAAAAAUUACCAAAGAACAGAUCAAGGCUGGGUAUGCUGCUCUGAAGAAGAUAGACAAUUGCAUCCAGAAAGAAGAGUUUGGCAGAAAGCUGGUUGAAGCCUGCGAUGAGUUCUACACACGAGUGCCACAUGAUUUUGGCAUGUCCAGACCUCCUGUGAUAAGAACUAAGGCAGAACUGAAAUCCAAGAUCCAGCUGCUAGAGGCACUGGGAGACAUUGAGAUAGCCAUUAAGAUGUUAAAGGAAGGAGACUUCUCUGAAAACCCUGUUGACAGACACUACCAUGCCCUGCACUGUAAACUGAAACCCCUAGAGCAAACACAUGAUGACUUCAAGCUUGUUGAGCAGUACUUACAGAACACACACGCAGCAACCCACUCUCAGUACAAGAUGAAGCUUCUUGAUCUGUUUGACUGUGAGAAGGAGGGGGAAGCCAAGAAUUUCAGAGACGUUGGAAACAGGAAACUUCUUUGGCAUGGUUCACGUAUGAGCAACUGGGCAGGAAUAUUGAACCAAGGACUGAGGAUUGCACCACCAGAGGCACCUGUCACAGGCUACAUGUUUGGAAAAGGUAUCUAUUUUGCUGACAUGUCCAGCAAAAGUGCCAAUUACUGUUAUCCAACAAGGUCCAAGAAUGUUGGGCUUGUCUUGCUGAGUGAGGUUGCCUUGGGAACACCCAAUCAGCUGCUUGCAGCAGACUAUGGGGCCGACAAACUGCCCGCAGGGAAGAACAGUGUCCAGGGACUUGGGCGUGUGGCGCCUGAUCCCAAGGAAGAGGUUACAAUGUCAAAUGGAACAGUAGUUCCUCUUGGUAAACCAAAAGACACUGGCGUUAAAAACCCUAGUGGUUACACCUUGAACUAUAAUGAAUUUGUGGUGUAUGACCCAAGACAAGUGAGAAUGAAAUAUCUGUGCAAAGUGCAAUUUAACUUUUAGGAGACUACCAAUUUCUUAUCUAACUGACUGACAUAUCAGUGGAGAAUUUAAAUGUGGUAAGAAUGAAGAGGCAUUGUUUUCAGUGCUCCUUCACAUCAGCAAGAAUAUUUUUUCAUGGAUGGUAUUAAGAUUUGUUUAUUGUAAGUUAGAAGUGGAAUGAUCAUUUGAGGAGUUGGCUUUGAAAAACGAUAAAAAAAGACAUUGAUUGGCAGUAGAAAAAGGAUACCUUAAGUUUCAUUUCAGUGACAGAACAUAGAAGUAUAUAUAUAUUGAUGCAUCUUUGAAGAUCUACAUUACAGUUGUAAAAUACAAUCCAAGCUUUAGGCCCCUGGGCUUUCUUCGGGGAUUAUGAACAAAAAGUGAAAAAACAAACUCCUAGGAUAUGUGACGUCAGUGAUGUGUUAAAAAAAGUGACAGAACAUAAAAAUGUAAAAGUUUUAAGCAAAUAUUUGUCAUUUUUUACCAAUUAAUCAAAUUAUAUUUCCUGAAAUUUUUAUUAUCUGUUUAAAAACAGACUGCUUUAAUUUAUAGUCUUGCUAAUAUUUGAGUGAAAUGAAAAUGCACUUAACUAUUCAGUUCAGUUUCCUAUGGGUAUUAUUAGACAAUCUCAAAAUUUUUCAUUGAUAGUGUUAUUUUUUUAAUCAGACUUUGAAGUUUCUUUUGGUU